AUGAACGAAUUUCAAAAUCUACAAAAUCUAUGGCGUCGCUAUAUGGAACCAGGACCAGAAAGGGCCAACGAUUUGGAUGUCUUCAAUCCACAAGAGAUUAUUGACCGGCUUUUUGGGAAUCAACCUGGUACCAACACUGAACGGCCAGCUGAACAGCCGACACGACAGCCAACAGGACAGCAAGCAGGACAGCGAACAAGACAGCCAACAGAACAAAUUCCGCAAGGCAUACCACCGGCCUCUGCUAGAGCAAUUCGCCAGCUACCAACUAUUUGCGUCACGCCGGAAGACUUGGUUGAUCCAAACAACCGGGAGUGUUGUAUUUGCCUUGAAACAAUUUCCUUGGGCAACAAGGUAACUCGUAUACCAUGUGCCCACAUUUUUCAUCAGGAGUGUAUAGUAGAUUGGUUGUCAAACCAUCAUUGCACGUGCCCAGUGUGUAGAUACGAGCUUCAAACAAAUAAUCCAAUGUAUGAGGCUGGUCGUCUAGAGCGCAUGAAGAAAAGGAAGCCUAGAUUUGCAAUGUAUGAGCUAAAGCGAAUGUCAGUGCCUGAAUUGCUUGCACUCAAUCGACGGCCGGCUCCGAACAUGGUUGACAAAGAUGAACUCAUCAACCUUCUGGCUCGAGACGAACAGAUUGAGAUCGUUCCGUCCCCGGAACCUGUCGAAUACGACAUUGACACUCUAAAGGCGAUGAGAAUUAGCGAGUUGAAGCUUACAAUGGAAAGUGCUGGGGUUUUCUUUCACGCAAAAGAUGUUGUUGAAAAAUCUGAUAUGCUGGCAAUUUUCUUGAACAGUGGGCGAUUGAGUCUGUCUACGCCGGAAAAUAAAGCCGCUGUUGCCGAUACAGACAGCUCGAGUCAGCAGUCAAUGUCAUGCAAGGAUCCAGAAUUCUAUAGAACUGGUGCGUCAGCAAAACGCCCUUUUGUUGAAACAGUCGAAGAAGACUCGGAUAACGAACCUGAGCAAAAGAAAGCCGGGGCUUGCUAUGCUUCGGAAACAGUAGUGGAAAUGUUUGGGUCCAGCUCUUCUCCGAGCCUGGAUAGACACGGACCCCCGAACGGUGUGGCAAAUGAGGCAAAUUCAGAUGAUUCCGUCAGGAAUGAUACUUAUCGAGUAGACAUGGAACCGACCAACGAUGCUUCUAUAGCUGAGAAUGACAGCACGGCGGAGGUCGAGGGCAACCCAGUCGGUUGUCAAUCGCAGUCCCCGGCUAUUGACAGUGAUGAAUCCAUUUCUGAGCCGUUGGGUAAUAAUGCUGGAACGAACCAGAAGUCUGAUAGAUCCCGAUGGCUACCCCCAAGCGAACAAGAUAACGGUACACCUCCAGAUACAACCUAUCUCGUGCGUGAUAUCUGUCCCUUUGAAGGGUAUUCCGUAUCCCAUUUGCGUGACCUUGCAAGAAUCAACAAUGUCGAUUUAUCAUGCUGCUUUGAACGCAGCGAUAUUGUUAGACUAUUGACAAAUAGCAGGGUUGAAAUGAAGCAUCCAUCAGAACUUUUGCGGGAUAGCCUCUCAAAUUUCAGCAUCUCCGAACUGGGAAUCCUUGCAUCAGAAGUGAAACUGGACCUAUCAAAGUGCAAAAACAGAGAGGACAUCCUCAGUCGUAUGGUUCAAGAAGCUACGGUGGAGCGGCCUUAUCUUCAGAAAUACCUCCGUUCACUUUGUCCUUUGUCCACGCUUUCGCUUGGUCAACUCAAGAAAACAGCAAGGGACUGGGGAGUCAACAUUAACGAUUGUUUAGAGCGGGGAGAGAUAAUGCAGCGCCUCGUUGCAAGUAGGCACACAACUGCAAGAUCCUGA